AUGACCAAGACAUUUCUUAUCACGUCAAUCCUGGCGACUCUUGCCCGCGCAGCAAUCGACUACACCUGGGACGCAGUGUCUGCCAUCACCCCUUCCAAUGUCAGUCUUUCUUUUGUGCAAGCAAUUCCGGAGAAUGGCACAUUCGUGGUUCCUUCAGGCAAUACUGGCUGGCCCACGAACCCCAUCCAUCUUCCAGAGCUGUGUGCCGUCGGUGCCACGGUGCCAGGAGAUACACAGAAUGGGACGUUUGGAUUUGGUCCAUUUCUGCCUGUGCAGUGGAACGGGCGGACAUUGACUGUGGGAAACGGUGGUCUAGCUGGAGGUGUGAAUUGGGUUGAUAUGGGAACGGGGGUGAAAUACGGCCAUGCUGUCCUUUCAACCGACAACGGACACAAUAGCACAUCGACUGAUGCAUCCUGGUCGUACCAGAAUCCUGCAGCGCAGACCAACUUGGGGGGGAGAGCUCUGCAUGAGACGGUCGUGUAUGGAAAGGAGAUUACGGAAGCGUUCUACGGAACCGAGCCAGCAUAUCACUAUUAUCAGGGCUGCAGUACGGGUGGUCGCCAGGGCUUCAAAGAGGCAGAGAUGUUCCUGGAUGAUUUCGACGGUGUUAUUGCUGGAGCCCCUGCUUGGUGGACGUCCCACCAACAAAUCUGCCCCUACACCACCCCCAACUCCACCCUCUUCUUCCCCUCCUGGCUCCACGGCUCCGAACACUUCUGGUCCCUGAACAUCGACUCCGGCAAUCCCAACAUCAUCGGCCUAGGUUACAUCCAAUACACACUCGGUCUAGGAGCAACCUGGAACUGGCGAGAUUACAACUCCUCCAUCCAGACUCUCUCCUCCACCUUGAAUGCCGGCCAAGCCGAUGCCUCAGAUUACAACCUCACCCCUUUCUAUCGCUCCGGCAAAAAACUCAUCCACUAUCACGGUAUGAGCGAUGGUGGUAUCGCCACGGGGGCAAGUUACUACCUCUAUAAAGAGAUUGAUCGGGCGAUGAGAUCCAGUGGGGGGGAGUUGGAUGAGUUUUAUCUCUUUACUGAUUCGGGGGAUGGACAUUGUGUCGAUACAGCAACCUACGUCAACGCCCCCUACUACAUCGCCGGCAUCAGCAUGACCAACAACGGCCAGUACUCUGUACCAGGAUAUCAAGACCCGAAACACGAUGUUCUUCUGGCGUUGAUGAACUGGGUAGAGAACGGCACCGCCCCGAAGGCGAUCAUCGGUACGGCGUAUGAGAAUUUCACUACCAUGGAGAAGAUUACCCGUCAGAGACCGAUCUUACUUCUCUCCGCCAACUCCAUCAACCUCCUAUUCGUCCCCCCAUCCCACCCCCGUCCACGGAACAAUCCCCCCACCAACGCCGCAGAAACCAUAUACGUGGAGGAACUCCCCCUGGGGGCGAUCGCCGCCAGGGUGGUGGAAUUUCUCGUCGACCAGGCCAAAUACAAGAAUGUGGAUGUGAGGAAGAGUGCGAGGGGCGGGACGCGCCGUUUGCCGGUUUCGUAG